UGCCACCCUCCGAGCCAGACAGACGGCAGGACGGGCCGACAGCUGCCUCUCAGACCACCGCACACUAUGGAGGGUCUGCACAGCCCAACCAUGGAACAGGAAGGGAAGACUACGGAGGAGGAAAGGAAGAAAAUGGGGAGCAGGAAGAGGGAGGAAUGAAGGACUCGUCUCCCGUGGGUUCCGCCACAGACGAGGAAACGGAUGAGGACUCCGAACCGGAGCCCCCGCAGGUCAUUCGGAGGAAGGUGUCAUUCGCAGAUGCCUUCGGCCUGAACCUGGUGUCAUUCAAGGAGUUUGACAAUCCCAGAGUGGCAGAGUCAGAAGUCAUCCGGCCCCUUAAAAACGAGGCAACCCGUUCCUUAGCCGAGUUCUACCUCUCCUGUCUGUUUACAGUGCCCUCAUCCCCAGAGGAGCUACACCAGAGGCUACAAAAGCAGAUGGUCGAGCUCGAAAACAUCGAGCUCCUCCCGGGAACCUCCACACUCCGCGGCACCGUCAGGGUGGUCAACCUCUGCUACAGCAAGUCCGUUUGUGCCCGGAUCUCCAUGGAUCGCUGGACAAACUACUUUGACCUGUACGCGGACUAUCUGCCUGGAUCCAGUGAUUGGGAAACCGACAGGUUUACCUUCAAGUACACUCUGGUGCCUCCCUUUGAAAGAGGGGGGACCAGAGUGGAGAUAUGUCUGCGUUAUGAAACUUCAGUGGGCACAUUUUGGGCGAAUAACGGGGACAUGAACUAUGUGCUGUUCUGCCACCGGAGAGUAAAAGAGCAUCGGCCUCAAGUGCAGGAGGAGAUCAUCGGAUAUAAGAGCAAGAGGAGCUGUCUCAAAACUAACAGGAGGGGAAGUGCAGAGGAAAAGACCAGGGAGACCAGUAAGCCAUCAACAUCUGCUGCAGAUGCCGAGGCGACACUUGAAGCGGCGGGGGCUAACGGAAAGAACAGCACCGAUGUACAAUCAUUACUUUACCAGGAAGAACACAAACAUUUGGUGAGGUUAAUUUAUCAUCUGCUGGAGGAACAGACUCUUCUUGAUGUUUGUGUAAAAAAUAAAACGCUGACUUCCCCUGAAGUAAACACUGUUUGCGACAACACUGCUCACAAUCCAUGCCAGUCAGCAUGUCUUCAGCUCCAGAUAUAAACCGUAAAUAUAAAGUGAGAAAGUGUGUGAGUUGUUUCUGCAAACGUAUGAUAGCUGAGGCAAAGAUGCAUCCCAUACUGGACGGUGCUCUUUGGGCCCCACAAGGAUGUGAAAAGUCAGCUAAUCUGACACUUGAGAGUAUGUCGGAAAUGUACAAACUAUUAAUAAUAAAUGCAACCUGCUCGUAAAGGUGCAGUACACAUGAUGACGUAAACAAAAUGAGGCUUAUGUGGUGAGGUUGCAUCAGUGUUGCACUACCUUGCAU